GUUGAUUUUUCAGCCAAUAAAAACACAAUUUCAGGUCUCUCUUCUAUAAAAGAAUAUGGCCGACAUUUUGAUACCGCUGUCAUGAAGAUUUCCCAGUGACAAAUUCUUAACUUUGUAGUUCUUCAUGCACGGUUUUAUGUUCCAUUAGAGUUUUAUUUUUUUAAUUACGUAGACGGUGUUUAGUGUAAGCUACAGUUUUUACAAAAAUGGCAGCUGAUCGCGAAAUAGCUGCUGAAGACAGCAUAAGAGUCGUAUGCCGAUUUCGACCACUCAAUGAUUCUGAAGAAAGAGCUGGUUCUAAAUUCAUCGUGAAAUUUCCUUCAGGACCGGACGAUAAUUGCAUUUCCAUAGGGGGUAAAGUAUAUUUGUUUGACAAAGUCUUCAAACCCAAUGCAACCCAAGAAAAGGUUUAUAAUGAAGCAGCCAAAAGUAUUGUAUCAGAUGUACUGGCUGGUUACAACGGAACCAUAUUUGCAUACGGUCAGACCAGUUCAGGAAAAACACAUACAAUGGAAGGUGUCAUAGAUAAAAUUACAGGGGAUCCUGGGAAACAGGGCAUUAUCCCACGAAUAGUCAAUGACAUAUUCAACCACAUAUAUGCAAUGGAAGAGAACCUUGAAUUUCACAUUAAAGUGUCAUAUUUUGAAAUCUAUAUGGACAAAAUCCGGGAUCUGUUAGAUGUUUCAAAAGUGAACCUCAGUGUUCAUGAAGACAAAAACAGAGUCCCAUUUGUAAAAGGUGCUACUGAAAGAUUUGUGUCAAGUCCAGAGGAAGUGUUUGAAGUUAUAGAGGAAGGAAAAUCAAAUAGGCAUAUUGCAGUAACAAACAUGAACGAACAUUCAUCUAGAUCUCAUUCAGUCUUCCUGAUAAACGUUAAACAAGAAAAUUUAGAAAAUCAGAAGAAAUUGUCUGGAAAAUUGUAUCUUGUGGACUUGGCUGGAUCUGAAAAGGUUUCUAAAACUGGUGCUGAAGGUACUGUGCUUGAUGAAGCCAAAAAUAUUAACAAGUCACUAUCUGCCUUGGGUAACGUGAUCUCUGCGUUAGCAGAUGGCAACAAGUCCCACAUCCCUUACAGAGAUUCGAAACUGACACGUAUCCUUCAAGAAUCACUCGGAGGUAACGCCAGGACGACUAUUGUCAUUUGUUGUUCGCCAGCCUCAUUUAACGAGAGUGAAACGAAAAGUACACUCGACUUUGGUAAAAGGGCGAAAACAGUCAAGAAUGUUGUAUGUGUUAAUGAAGAGCUCACAGCAGAGGAAUGGAAACGUCGUUACGAAAGGGAAAAAGAGAAGGUGGCUAGGUUAAAAGGAAAGGUUGAAAAACUUGAAGCAGAGGUUAAUCGCUGGCGGUCUGGUGAGACAGUUCGCCCGGAGGAACAAGUUAACCUGGUUGAGAUUGAAGCGGUCACUCCAAUUACAUCGUUUAUUGAAGAGAAACCUCCGGUUGCGCCCAUACCAGUGGCUGUAUCGAGUGCAGUGGAGGACGCGGCUUUGCAGGCCAAGCUGGAAGCUCUCUACCAACAACUGGACGACAAGGACGAGGAGAUCAACCAGCACUCGCAGUUGGUGGAGAAGCUCAAGGAGCAAAUGAUGGAGCAAGAGGAACUCAUCGCGUGUACGAGACGCGACUACGAAGCCCUGCAAGGCGACAUGAAUCGUAUCCAGCAAGAGAACGAAGCCGCUAAGGAGGAAGUCAAAGAGGUCCUGCAAGCGCUGGAAGAGCUCGCCGUUAACUACGACCAGAAGUCGCAGGAGGUUGAUAGCAAGAGUCGGGAAUGCGACCAGCUUUCUGAGGAGUUGCAGACAAAGCAGAGCGCUUUGACGACCGCAACGGCCGAGCUGCAACAGCUUCGGGACCUGUCCGCUCACCAGCGCAAACGUAUCGCCGAACUGCUGACCAACCUGCUUCGAGACCUGGCCGAGAUCGGCGCGGCGGUGGGCGGCUCCGAACUGGACUUCAAGCUGAACGUGGACACUGUGGGCAAACUCGAGGAGGAGUUCACUGUCGCGCGCCUGCACAUUAGCAAGAUGAAGAGCGAGGUCAAGAACAUCGUGCAGCGCUGCCACUCGCUGGAGUCCGCUAACAUUGAUGCCAACCAGAAGAUCGAGGAAUACGAGCGGACGCUUGGCGAAUGCAGACUUCUGAUCUCGCAACACGAGGCGCGCUGCGCGUCGCUGGCUGAGUCCAUGCGCGAGGCGGAGAACAAGAAGCGCCAGCUCGAGGAGGCGGCCGACGCGCUGCGCGAGGAGUGUGCACGCUUACAGGCAGCAGAGCGCGUGCAGUUGGCAGCGGCCGAGCAGCGCGCGGACACGCAGGUACGAGCAGCGCUGGAGGCGCAGUUGGAGCAACUGCGCGCGUCGCACGCCACGCAGUUGGCGGCACUGCGCGACGAGCUUGCGGCCAUGCAGCGGCAGCACCAGGAGCUCAAGGAUACGUACCAGGAGCUGACGCUGGCGCGACAACAGCUACAGGACGACUACGAGAAGCUGAAGCGCGAGGAGGCCGACAAGUCCGCCAAACUCAAGGAGCUCAUCCAAAGUGUGGAGAGACGCGAGCAAGCCCGCGCCGACCUCAAAGGGCUGGAAGACACUGUGGCUAAAGAGUUGCAGACACUGCACAAUCUGCGGAAGUUGUUCGUACAAGACCUGCAGGCGAGGAUAAAGAAAUCUACAAAUUCGGAGGACGGCGCCGAAGAGGAGGGCGGGUCCCUCGCGCAGAAGCAGAAGAUCUCGUUCCUGGAGAACAACCUGGAGCAGCUGACGAAGGUGCACAAGCAGCUGGUGCGCGACAACGCCGACCUGCGCUGCGAGCUGCCCAAGCUCGAGAAGCGCCUGCGCGCCACCAUGGAGCGCGUCAAGGCGCUCGAGACUGCGCUCAAGGAGGCUAAGGAGGGAGCGAUGCGCGAUCGCAAGAGGUACCAGUUCGAGGUCGACAGAAUCAAGGAGGCGGUGCGCGCGAAGAAUCUUGCCCGAAGAGGCGUACAGGCACAAAUCGCAAAACCCAUCCGCGCGGGCGGCGGGCACCUAGUGGGCGCAGGCGGCGCGGGCGUGGUGCGGCCCGCACCUGCGCAGGACAUCAAGCGGAAAUCCAUCAUCGUCGGCGCACGCGAUGAAAGUUGAAGAGAUAGCCGUUACGUCAUAGAGAAUCUAAAUGAAACUUCAUAGAUGUACCUAGAAUAAGGCGGCAAAAAUCAUUCUCGGAAAAUAUAUCCAUAUUAUAAUUCUACUUCUGUGUUUAUCGAAAGCCUAAUAUAAGCUACAACAGAAUAAUAAAAAGUAUCGUAGUUCUCUAGGCUUAACGUUUCGAGCUGUCUAAUCUUAGCGUCAUUAAGUGCACAUGUAUUUAAAAGAUUAUAGCUUCUAGCAUUCGUCAGUCUGUGUCUAUACUGAUUCGCUAUAAUAAAAGAAAAACACUGAAAAAAUGACGUAAUUUUAUAAUGUAUAGGCACAGUUUUACAGUUAUGUACAGGUUAGGCAAUUAUGAAAAGUAUUAUUUUCUCUGUUCUUCGACCAGAAGCUGAAUCUUUGGUGUCGCUUAUCAUAUUAGAUCAAAUGAAAUAUUUUUAUGAAAUGACAAGUAUUAAAUUUAGUUUAAAUUAAAGUGCUUUCUUGCAUUUUGCGUUAAGAUGGAUAUUUCUGAUAGUUGUGUCUAACGGGAAGAAAUGGCGUGACGUUAGAAGUGAAAGAUACAUAAAGUCGUCAGUACAAAAAAUCACCGAGCCAGUUACCAAAACAUUUGCGAAGAGACCGAGAAACGCCAUUUCUUCUCUGUCGGAUACCUGACCUUUACUAGAUGCUAUUCAUCAGUAUGUUAAGAAUCGUUGUGAGUUAUUUGCAAACUUGCAUAUGCUGCCGCACAAAUUAAGAAAAAAUAAAAUAAAAAAUGAAAUAAAAAUAUCACUUUAACCCCAUGGUUGUUGCAUUGCAAGUGUGGUGGCAAAUGCAUACCAGAGUGCAUCUUCAAUGUUUAGUAAUGUAAGCUUCUUUUAAUAUAUAUUUUUAUAUAUUGUGAUAAGAGUUGUUAUGCCGACAUGCGAGCAUUUAAUAAGUUAACGAAACAAUAACUUUGAUGUGAAGUAAGGUGUCAUGUAUGUUUACCCGGCCUAGCACCAAAGUUUGACAGCUACAAGUGAUGAUUGCAACCAGUUCCGAUUGGCUGAUAAUGUACUGUACAGCUAAUCCCUGUUAUACACAAUCUCUAAGCUUAACUAAAAUGGCAGGUCUAAAUAUGUUGCUCUCCCUUUCAUAAUGCUCCUGACAGAAAAGGAUAACCUUAUAUUUAGACUUGAAAUUUUAAUGAGAUUGUAUGCAAUACAAUUAGCUACAUCAUUGGCUAAAAUGCAAAGUUGUAAGCAAGACUACCAUAGAUUCAGCCAAUCAUGACGAUAGCGAUUAUCGCCAUGUGGUAAUCACAACCUCUGUGCUAGACUAGAAAAUGUUUAAGAAUUUCUCGGAAUGUGUUUAAAUAAAUAUUUUAACUUCUGCAACCUGGGUCAGCAUUGGUCUUCCGAGCGUGUGUGCCUGGGCGACUUGCUGCAAUUAGCAAGUUCACAGCUUCUAGGCACUGAUUGCGCCAGAUAGAUUCGCGAAAUUUUAGUGGGUGAUUUUUAUAUUCGGAGUAGAAUAUGAAAAUCUCUUUCAACUAAAAACAAUAACUCUGGUUAAAAUAUAAUAAUAUCUACCAAUGCAAAAAUUUACAAUUUUUUUAUAAAUAUAAUAUUUUAUGAUUUCAAUCUACUCAGCGUCGCGUUGUUACAUUAAUCGUAGAUUCAUUCGUAUCACCGUUAUUUUAGACCUUCGUUAGUAAUGCUCUAUGUACACCUUAGCUUUUGAGCUGUGCUGUGAUGUUUUAUUUAGUGACCGAAUUGCGCUUGCACAGUGGUAAUUAUAGUCACGUAUUUAUUAAAUAAAGAUUUAUGUGAAGCUUUUGUCUAGUAGUACACAUCCACUGCGUACGCACUGUUCAAUUUUACCGAAUGAUGACAGAUCCCUUGUGCUUAUGAAUUUUUAUAAUUUAUACAAUAAGUCUGAUCAAGAUGCACUCGAUUUGGUUACAGUUCUCUAUUUACUUUUAAGAUGCAUUAGCUUCUUAGUAGAUCUGUAACUUAUGUAAGUACUUAUGGAAUAUUCACGUUAGACCGCAGUCCGGUGCGGACGCGUCCUCUGAGGAGUGAUGGAACUCGACCGCGCGCUUCAGGAAACCAAAGAUAAAUCACAACGUUCACGUUUAUUAUCGAGAGAUUAUGAUGAUUGCCUACUGAAAUUGUUACUAUAAGCCCCGAAUUACUCGACGGUUCCAGAGCUCCUUGAUGUGUUGCAAUACGUUAUAUCAUAUAGGUGUAAAGUGUAGUAAAUUAUUUCAUACUUAAUUUAGAUACUCGAUUUUAAUAUUUUUAUUUAUUGUGUUACUAAAUUAUCAACUUUUUUGUUCACUUCUGAAGUGGUAUUUACGCUUUUUCUCUGUUUACAAAUUUUUAUAUCAUGAUCAAAUUAUACAUAUUUUUCAUUCGAAAUUGGGAGUCUACAAAAAUGCAUUCCACGUGGAAGGCAGUUUUUUUGUAUUUUGUAUGAGUUACUUCCUCGUUAUAUUGUGUAGAUAAAAUGAGGCUAUCCUCGGUUUCACUCGCCUGUUGCAUAGAUAGCUCAAAGUGGAGGUGGGACGCUCUCGGGCGGACCAGACCGACAGGCUUGCCUUUGCACCAAGUGAUUUAGUUUGUAUUGACAUCUUUUGUAUGAUGUAUUUAAUAUAUGGAAAAUUCUCAAAACGAGUGUUUUCUUGAUUUUUAUUUAUUAUAAAAAUAAAAUUAUGAAUUUAAUUUGC